AUCAUUCCGUCAUGUUGCGCCAAUUUCACAUGGGCGUAUCUUUUGUGUCCUGUUCCCUUGGUGUAAUGUUCUGUGUCAACAGAAUAUAAGAACGACAACGAACACUUUGCCUCACCACAGUCCUUUCCACCUGAUCUAUCAUCAAGUUCAAGGACACACAUCUUCUGAAAGAGAAACAUCGAAGAAAAUUGUUUUCCUAAUGGAAAAAGAGAUUUUCUAAAUGAGAAACAGAAGCAUUGACAUUUUUAGCCUGUUUGCUGAAAAUUACUGGUACAAAAAGACUAUUUUUUCAUGGAGUGAAAAACCGUGUGAGGAGCAAACAAACUUGCGAUGAGCCCCCUGAAUUCAAACUCCUUUACUAACGCCAGUAUUGUGCGUCCUGAGUUCUUUGUCAUAAGUGGUUUUGCCGGUAUUUCCCAUGCAAACUACUACUAUGUGUUCUUGUGCUUCGUUUAUGCUCUGAGUCUACUGGGAAAUGCCUUUGUCAUGUUUAUGAUUUACACUGACCACUGUCUCCACACUCCAAAAUACAUUGUCGUUUUUAAUUUGGCUUUGUCCGACUUGUGUGGAAGCACUGCACUUGUUCCUCAGAUGAUUGACACCUUACUGUUUAAAUCACAUUUAAUCUCCUACAAGGCCUGCUUGACUAGUAUGUUCUUUGUUUUUUGGUUUCUCUCUGUGCAGUCUUUCACUCUCUCUGCUCUGUCCUAUGAUAGAUUCGUUGCUAUAUGCUUUCCACUGAGAUACAAUGAGAUUGUGACUAGUAAAUCAAUGUUGGUGAUGACAGCGAUAUUAUGGAUUUUUGCCAUAAUGACCACUCUCAUAGCUGUGAUUUUUAUCAACAGAAUAUCAUUCUGCAAAUCCAUUGUGGUAAACAGCUUUUUCUGUGAUCAUGGAGCAAUACAACUUUUGGCAUGCGAUGACAAUCCUCCAAGUGCUGUGAUAAACUGGACACAUCCCAUUAUAAUUCUCUGGUUACCGGUACUUUUUAUCACAGGUACAUAUAUUUCUAUAGCCAGAGCAUUAUUGAAAAUUGCAGAAGCUUCUGAGCGCCUCAAAGCCAUGAAGACCUGCACCUCUCAUUUGAUCUUGGUGGGUGUGUUUUAUCUUCCUAUAUGUAUCACCUAUGCAAUGAGCUCCACCAUUCAAUUGAACGCCUGGAUAGUUAACAUGUCUCUGACAACUGUCUUGCCACCAAUGCUGAAUCCAAUCAUUUACUCUCUGAAGACAGAGGAAUUCACAGAAUCCAUUAAAAAGCUGUAUAGAAGAAACAAGAUUCACAUCGUUGUAAGGAAUAAAUGAAUAAAUGUUUUAAUCACACAUGACUGAAUAGCAACUUUGACUAUUUUCAUUUUUUUAACCCCCCACUCAACUGAACUAUAAGAGCUAUUAACAAAUUAAAUACAAUGAAUUGGA